CAUCACUUCCCCCUCAGAAGGAACGUUGGUCGUGCCGGUGCUGCGGCCGCCGCUGGAAGUUUUUCAGAGUCAAGGUUCCCCUGCCGCGAGGAGUCUAGCAAGAAGAGCGGAGCCGAGGCACCGGUGUCCCACAUCUCCCAGGCGGCUUUCAGCCAGAUAUCGCCCCGGCAGGAAUGGGCUACGCGGUCUGGCUGCCCUUCCCCUUUCUCCUGCUGGUCGCUGUGAGGCUGCCCGGGACGACCAGCUUCACGCCUUCUUUAGACAGCGACUUUACCUUUACCCUUCCGGCCGGCCAGAAGGAGUGUUUCUACCAGCCCAUGCCGCAGAAGGCCUCGCUGGAGAUCGAGUACCAAGUCUUAGAUGGAGCAGGAUUAGAUAUUGAUUUCCACCUUGCCUCUCCGAAUGGCAAAACCUUAGUUUUUGAACAAAGAAAAUCAGAUGGCGUUCACACUGUAGAAACUGAAGUUGGUGAUUACAUGUUCUGCUUUGACAAUACCUUCAGCACCAUUUCUGAGAAAGUAAUUUUCUUUGAAUUAAUCCUUGAUAAUAUGGGAGAACAUGCACAAGAACAAGAAGAUUGGAAGAAAUAUAUUACUGGUACAGAUGUAUUGGAGAUGAAACUAGAAGACAUCCUGGAAUCCAUCAACAGCAUCAAGUCCAGAGUAAGCAAAAGUGGUCAUAUACAAACUCUUCUUAAAGCAUUUGAAGCCCGUGAUCGGAACAUACAAGAAAGUAACUUUGAUAGAGUCAAUUUCUGGUCUAUGGUUAAUUUAGUUGUCAUGGUGGUGGUGUCAGCCAUUCAAGUAUACAUGCUGAAGAGUCUAUUUGAAGAUAAAAGGAAAAAUAGAACUUAAACUAAACUACUUAACAAAAUUGAAAAAAGGCAGAAAAAUGCAGUAAGUUGUUACCAUUAAUAGUCAAGACCAUUAGUAGUCUUUUCCAAAAUGUUUGCAGACAUUCUCAAAUGGUGUAAAACAAGUAUGAAAGUCUUCACUUACUACGCAGUCUACUUUAGUGACCCAGUUUUAUGUAAAUGUAUAACAGGUAUAUUUUACAAAAUGUAAGUUUAAUUGAAAUUCAUAUUUAAUAACCAUUUUUUAAGUUUGAAAAAAUUUUACAGAUAUCAUUUGGGAAUUAAAUAAUACUGGGCAUAAAUGCAAUAUCAUACAGUCUGCUUUUACUUAGAUAUUUCUAUGGUGGCAAUUACAAAUUAAUUAUAGAAUUUUUGGUAUAUCAAGUUAUAAAUCAUCCAGGAAUUAUGUAAUUAUGGAUUAACUAUAUCAACUUCUCUAUUUAUAUAUGUCUCUUCUAACAGAUAAGUAACAUUUUUGAGAUUUUUAAAACAAAAUAUAUUUUAAUGUAAAAUGUCAACAAAAGCAAUAGUUUUAUAUAGUUAGCCUACAUUCCCAAAAGCUAGUAUUCUUCAAACUGCAAUGGCAUACUUUCUCAUUAAGUCAGGAAAGGUUUUCUCUUUGAAAUGAAAACUAUAUACAGCUUGCUCAUUUUCCAUAAGAAUGCAUUCUGUGAGAACAUGUAAAGUGUAGGAUUUUUAAAUUAAAUGAAAUAAAAUAAAUUUAUUUUUAUAUUAUGUCAACAGUGUUAUGCAAGUUUUAACAUGAUUAUUGACUUUGAUAACAUCAUUACCAGCAUUUAUGAAGGAAAUUCUGCUAAAAGAAUUUAGGCCUAGUGUAAAUAAAUCUUUUUGUUUGUUUGUUUUCAAAAUUGUCAGACACAAAAAGAACUGAAGGAAACUUAUAAAUAUUUGAUUCAAAAUAGUUCACCUGGGGCUGGGGAUUUAGCUCAGUGGCAUAAGCACCUGCCUUGCAAGCAGGCAGUCGUAAGUUCGAUCCCUGGUACCGAUAAAAAGGAAAAAAGACAAAAAAAAAAAAAAUCACUUAAGUAGAACUAUAAAUAUGUAUCUAUAAUCUGAUAUGCUUAUUAUAUCCCAAUCCUAAAACAAAUCAUAAAAAGAUAUUUCCAAGUAACUGGAAAAAAAACUGUAUUUGAUUUUAUUUUCUAAAAUUACAGUUUUAAAAUAUCUUUUAUAACUAUUAAGGAACUUCUUACAAAAUGUAAGUCCCACUAUAAAGUUUAGCUUUGGGUGUAGAUACAAAUUCCUUAAAGUGACUUUUCUGAUCAAUUUACUGACAGUGAAGCUUAAAAACAGAGUCCCCCUAACAUGUAAAUAAGCCAUAUACACAUGAAACUCUCUGCAACCCUAGUUUACUUCAGUCUGUAAAAUCUUAAAGGAAUAGUAAUUUAACUUCAUCAUGAAGUGAAACAAUUUUCAAGUUAUGCCCAUUUAUAGUAUUAUGAUAAAUACAUUGUGAGUUAGAAACAAUCAAAUUAAAAAUCUGGGUAUAGAACCUGUUUAUAUAUUGAUGGAAACCUUGAUGAGCAAUAACGAUAGCCAGGGAAAUGUGGUAUCAUUGAUAAUUUAUGCUCAGAGUAGUACAGAAAGAGACAUUUGCCUCCUCCUCAAGGCUCUUGGGGGAAAAAUGUCUCUAUUUCCCUACUGAGGAUUUUUUUAAAAUAAGAUUAAUACUGUAUAUGAUCAGUUACCUUAAUUGACCAAGAAAAUGCUUCAGGUGGCUAGAAGUCCAUGUAACACAUACAAAACAAAGGUCAGUAAGAUAACUGCUUAUGAAGAGCCCUUUUUGCCCUUUCUGUUAAAUUCAUAAGGAGACUUACAGUACCAUAACUAAUAAAGCAGGGUAAAACUACUACAUCUUUCCUAUAAAACUGUGAUUAAGAAUUCUACCUCUUAUAUGUCUUUGCUGUACUAUAUUCUGAUUUGUUAACACUGAAUUUUGUUAACACUGAAUCUUAUACAAUGAUAUGAUUUUUGUCACUGAUUUUAUAACUGAUGCAGUAAUCUCUUACCAUUAAGAGUAAUCCUUUAUUUGAAAAACAAAAAAUUUAGGAAGAGACAAAAUGAAAAGAGUGAGACUAAGAAGCAUGUUAUCGGGGCUGGGGAUUUAGCUCAGCAGCAUAAGCACCUGCCUUGCAAGGAGUUCCAGUCAUGAGUUCCAUCCCUGGUACCGAUAAAAAGGAAAAAGACAAAAAAAAAAAAAAAAAAAAAAAGCAUGUUAUCUGUAUUAACCAAAAAGGUAAAAUUUAUUAAAGACAAGAAUUCCUUAAUAUUACCUACUUCAUUUUUUUAAUCAUACUAAAAUGAAGGGCAUUGAUUACUUAAGAGCUGAUUUGUCAUGGGUUUCUAAUACAACAUUCAACAAAGGCCUAGGGUUGUUUCUGAUUUGCAUUUGGAUCAUGUGCUAAUGUGUAUGUGAACAUACAGAAAGUAGUGUUUGAAAAUUGCAUUGAAAUAAGUUACAGACUUAAAUUUAAGUGUAUUUACCAUUCUUGAACAUUAUGAAAACUUAAAAAUGACAGUAAUCAAGUAUCUAUGAUUAUGAAAUUAUCUUCUGGAGCUUUAAAAUAAAUUCAGCAUGUAGUGAAUGGUGUUUUAUCUGGUGUAUAAUGUGCAGUGUUACUCAUUGUUUAUACUUGUCAACAGCCACCUUAAACAAAAAAAGACUAUAGGUAACGAGCUGAGUAUAUAUAAAGUUCCUAUCAAAGAAAAUUUUACCAAUCAUUGUAAAUACUAUCCUAAACCCUUCUUUGAUCUCACUCUUAAUGUGCUCCCAUCUCCAAUUUUGAAUUCUCCAUCUUUUUAUACCAUAUUACUUUGUGUUGGAGUUUAUGUAAUUCAUCUGUUGUAUAGCUAUGCAUUAUACUUAAAAAUCCUCCAAAUAUGAAGAGGCAAAGUACAUCCAUUUUCAAGUUUUGAUAGCUAAACAUGGUCCCAAGGAAUUUGUUGUACUCUUGUACUGCAGGAAUUAAUAAUUUUAGGAUAUGGUUCAGUGACCGUUAAUUUUUAUCAAGUCAGUUAUCACUGGGUAUUUGUUAACUAAGUGAUCCAUCACCAAUACCAUACACACACACAAAUGAUUAAGUGGUAAUACUUCCAAACAAUGGAAUAUUAAGCACCAAUAAAAGAACAUUGGUUGGGGGGGAAUGAUAGGGAUCAAAUCUAGGGCCUUGGACAUGAUAGGCAAGUGCUCUACCAUUGAACUACACUCCCAGGCCAGAACAAUCUACUGAUAUAUUCAGUAAUUUAGGUGGGUAUCAAAGGGAUCAUAUUAAUGAAAAAGAAAAUCUCAGAAGUUUGCUUGCUUUAUGAAAACUAUAUGACAUUCUUGAAAUAAAAUGAUGGAAGCAACAGAUUAAUGGUUGCCAAGGUUAGGGAUGGAAAACAUAGAGGAUGGCUCCAGGUUUAUGACAAACCUUUCAGAAGCCCAAACAUCUAAAAACAAUGCAUAAGCACAAGGUGCUUAAGGAUUUCUACCUUGCAUGACAGCCUCUUGUUUUUAUGGUAUAAAAGGAGUAUUGUGGCACAACAGUUCUGUAUCUUGACAGUGAUUAUACAGAUCUACCCGUGACAAAAGUGCAUAGAACUACAUGUAUACAUGGCUAAGUGGAUGUAAAAGUAGUGUAAUCUGAAUAAACUCUGGAUUGUAGCAAGAUCAGUUUUCUGACUUGUACUGAACUAUGCAAAACAUUGCAUCUGGGAAAAACUGUUAAGGGUAACACAGAUGUCUCUACAUUUUUUUUUUUUUAUUGUAGAUUCCCUUUCCAUUAAUGUAUGGUUAUUUCAGAAUAAAAAUAUAAAAAAUG